GCUAGCGAUACACUCAUUUAUACUAUGGAGAACGAUAACGACUCUGCCAUUGCUGAUUUUUGUGCUGUGACAAGUGCAAAUCCUCAAGUGGCCCGUGAUUAUUUACAGAUUGCUGAUAAUAAUGUACAAAUGGCCAUUACGUUAUAUCUUGAAAGUGGUGGAGCCAGUCUGACCUCAACAACAACCUCAACAACACAAGAACCAAUCACAACCAUUGAAGAUGAUGAUGAUAAUCAUUCUAGUCCAGAAGGACUUUCUGAUGAAGCAUUGGCAAGACAAUUACAAGAAGAAGAAGAAUCUCGACAAAGACGUCAACCACCCGAAGUACGUGCACCCAUUGCUCCUCGAACUGAUAUUUUGGCUGGUGGAGAUAUGUUUGAUCUUGGUUUUGGUGGUGUAGGUGUCGGGGGAUUAUGGCAAGCUGGUGGACGACGACAACAACAACAUGACUUACAACCAUCAGUAUUCAACCAAGGUGAUUCAUCUAGCGUACGUUCACCCAUCGAUUUAUUGCGAGGAAAUAUUAGCAGCAAUAAUAGCAGCAGUAGUGGUAGUGUUGGUCCUUCAGCAGUUCAUGGCGGUCGUCGGUCUGAUUCAACAUCUACAUCCAAUUCAUUAUCGUCAUCACCCUCUGGUUACAACGAUCAUAGCAGUUCUCCUUCUUCAACGGCAGCUACGGCCAAGGCGAAACGUUUAGCUGAUUUAUUCCGUCCUCCUUUUGAUAUCAUGUUUCGUGGUGGCUUUGAAGAUGCUCGUGCUGCCGCUCGUGAUCAAAACAAAUGGUUACUUGUCAAUGUCCAGGAUCCUACUGAAUUUGCCUGUCAAGUUUUGAAUCGUGAUUUAUGGAGUGAUACUUUUGUGAAGGAUAUUGUGCGUGAAUCUUUUGUCUUUUUACAAUAUGCUAAUGAAAGCUCCGAAGGGAAACGGUACUUGACUCUAUACCCGGUCAUACACUACCCUCAUGUGGCUAUCAUUGAUUCUCGAACAGGUGAACGAAUCAAAUCUUGGGAAAAACAACUAUCUCCAACAGACUUUAUGAUGGAAGUGACGGAAUUCUUGGAACAACAUUCACCAGAAGCAGCAAAAUCGGUCAACAUGAAGAAACCAAGGCAAAAUGUCUCCGACAUGAGCGAAGAAGAACAACUGAAUGCAGCCAUUGCAGCCUCUUUACAACCAACACAACAAGAAACAGCAACAACGUCAGAAAAUGUCAUAAAUAAAAAAGAUGAACAACAUGAUAAUAACAAUAAGAUGAUGGAAUCAGAUGCGGAAUCAACAACGUCAUCGAUAUCGGCAGCUGUUGACGAAUCAUCCUCAUCCGUUUUGGAUUCAAUAUUACCAGUCAAACGACAAGAAACCACUGAUUUGGCCAAUUCGACACGAAUUCAAUUUAGAAUGGCAGAUGGCUCACGUCUGAUUCGUCGUUUCCUGAAAACUGAUCCUGUACGUUAUCUCUUUGAAUUCAUCAAAUCUCAAGUACCUGAAACUCAAGAUCGUGCCUUUGAAUUGGUAUUUAAUCGACAACAACUUAUUGAUAUUUUAGAUCAAGAAAUUCAACAAGCUGGACUCCAAAAUGCUGCCGUCAACGUUCAAUUUGCUUAGAUAUAUGUUUAAACUUAUUAUACAUCAAUAAAUAAACUAUCUUCUUUUACUCUUUCUUA